UUUUGCGCAAAAGCGAGUCUUGGCUACAUACAUAGCAGAUCAUGACCUGCCCGCGACAUUCACCGCAUACCAGUGGGUGUUAAUCGAGAACGUUCUCUCUCUUCUCGCCCCCUUUGAGCAGAUAACAAAAGAGAUAAGCUCAUCUGAUGCAUCUGUGGCAGACGUCAUACCCUUACUUGCAGCACUAAAGCGUCUUUUAAACAAAGAGGCUGAAACAGACCACGGAGUAAAAACAACUAAAAGUGCGCUCUUAGAAGCUGUCAGCUCACGAUUUAGUCAGGCGGACUCAGAACCCCUGUACUGCAUCGCGACUGUGCUUGAUCCACGAUAUAAAGAUCAUUACUUGGAUGUGGGGAAAAAGAUGCGCACACGAGAAAUGAUCCAGGCCGAGUUGGAUUUGGGAAAGCCGCUAGGUGAUGGAGACGGUCAGGUGAUGCACAGCGCAGGAGAUGAAAACAGCGCAGAGAGUAAACGGGCUCGUACUACAGAUGAGCCGCGCACAGUCUCGCUGUCUGACAUGUUCGAUGAGAUCCUCCAAGAGAAUAACCCAUUUGCAAGACAGAGGACAAGCUCGACCGCUCAACAGUUAGAUGGGUAUCUCUCAGAAGUCCCCAUCCCCAGGAGCAAUAACCCUCUCGAAUUUUGGAGGACCAAUCAAGGCCGCUUUCCCGACCUGGCGCAGAUGGCACGCAGGUACUUGUCUGCUCCAUGCACAAGCACCGACAGUGAGAGACUGUUUAGUGCUGCAUCUCAUGUCAUCGAUGAGAAGAGGAACCGAUUUUCAUGUGAGAAAGCAGAGAAGCUACUUUUCAUAAAGAAGAACCUGCCACUUUUCCUGAAGAAGUAGGCUAAGUAGGCUUAUGUCUAGGACAGUUAUUCAUUUGUUGUGGGUUCAUCCACAUUUUUU